AUGAACGGUACACUUUCUCCCACGGCCUUGAGCCGAUGGAGCUGCCAACAGAAGGUCCUUCCUCCUGUCGACACCAUCAAACACAUUCAUGUCUACGACUUCGACAACACUCUCUUCACAUCACCACUCCCGAACAAACAAGUAUGGGAUUCUUCAACAUUCGGCCAGCUCCAAGGGGAGGAGUUCCUCUACCACGGCGGCUGGUGGCACAACCCACGCAUCCUGGCUGCUGUCGGUAAAGGUGAAGCCGUCGAGGAGCCACGGGCGUGGCAAGGAUGCUGGAACGAGACCGUGGCUGACCUCUCCCGGCUAUCCAUGGAGGACUCGUCAACUCUCAACGUCCUCCUCACAGGACGAAAGGAGUCCGGCUUCUCCGAUCUCAUCGGCCGCAUGAUAGCAUCAAAAGGCCUCGAGUUCGAUAUUGUCGCUCUCAAACCCCUUUCCGGACCCAACGGCCAGACCUUCGGCAGCACCAUGCUCUUCAAGCAAGCCCUCCUCCGCGACAUCCUCUUCACCUACACCGCCGCCACCGAGAUCCGCGUCUACGAAGACCGCCCCAAACAUACCAAAGGCUUCCGCGACUUCUUCACCGACCUCAAUACCCGCCUCAUGCUCCCCUCCACCCAGCCCGCCCGCAACCCCAUCGCCGCCGAAGUCAUCCAAGUCUCCGACCAGCAAUCCCUCAUGGACCCCGUCUCCGAAGUCGCGGAGAUCCAAUCCAUGAUCAACACGCACAACGCCGCCAUCCUCUCCGGCGCCGCCCCGCGCCACUCCCGGCCCUACAAAAUCAAGCGCUCCGUCUUCUACACCGGCUACCUCCUCCAAGCCCCGGACAUCGAGCGUCUGAAACAGCUGGUCAAGCUCCCGCCCCACUGCCCCGAGCACGAGAUUAAGUAUCUCGCGAACAACGUCCUGAUCACGCCGCGCCCCGCGCCGCCGUCGAUCAUGCGCAAAGUCGGAGGCAUGGGCGCCAAGACCCGCUGGCGCGUCACCGGGAUCGGGCAUUAUGAGAACCGGCUGUGGGCUGCGCGCGUGCAACCUACUGAUCAGGGGAAGGAAAUCCACACCGAUAACCGCACCCCUUGCGUCGUACUCGCUACUAGAAGAGCAACGAAGCCGAUCGACGCGAACUACAUCCGCAACUGGCAACCCGUGUCCCCCCAGCAGGCCCUCGAAUUCGAAACGACGGUAGGCGAGAAAGUCCUCCUGCGGAUCGAAGAGGAGCGCAAGAACGAAGACGUAUACGAGGCCUCGUUCCCCAACGCCAAGAACGCGCGCAAGCAUCCGCGGGAAGAAGACUUCCCACCCCUCGGCUCCGAACGCAACAACAAUAAACUCCACUCACGUCCGCAGCACCGCGGCGGCGGUGGCGGAGCAUGGCAAGGCCAAAACCAACCCUCCCGCGGCGGCGCAGGCGGGAUCGGCUUCGCUGCUUCUAGGGGUGGGAGCGGCAACGCGGGUCGUGGUGGCGGCGGAGGUCGCGGGGGCGGUGGUGGAGCGCAAGCGGGAUAUCGGGGGAGGCGGGGUGGGCAGAGGGGGAGGGGCAGGGGCGCGUAUAGGAGUUUGGACGAUAGUGUGGGGCAGGGGUAUAGUGGGGGGAGUAUGCAGUAUUAG